CAGAGCGCAACAACUGCCACUGAGCACCGAGGAAACAGCAGCAGCAGCAGCAUAGCUGUUGGGUUCGGAAGCAGGUUAUGUUCUUCUUCACCAAAGCGUGGAGGAUUUCUCCACAAAUGUGUCUCCUCGCGUUGCAGCAGAGGACCUGCUUCCAUCAGAUCCAAAGGCUGCCUGCCCUGCAGGAGGUUCGAUGUUUGACGGCACGCAGCGUCCAUCCCAGCAGCGUCCAUCCCAGCCUCCUCCAGCCUGUCAGGGAGUGUGGACGGAGAAGAUUUGAGGAAUGCCGGAGCAGAAGCCUUUCUCUCUCCAUCAGCAGAAAGGAGAAAGUUCCUCCUGUGCAGAGAAGGGAGCUGUCAGAAGCCGCCUAUGAGAAGCUGGCAGACGAGACGCUGGAAGCUCUGGCUGAUUACUUUGAAGAUCUGGCAGAUGAAGCCUUCACUGGACCAGAAUACGACGUCCUCUUCUCUAGUGGUGUGCUGACGGUGAAGGUGGGCGGAGGCCAUGGGACCUACGUCAUCAACAAGCAGACCCCCAACAGGCAGAUCUGGCUCUCCUCUCCUACCAGGUCCGAUCUGUGA